AAUACCUGUCCAGGAUAAACUACGAAGCUUUUUAAAAUAAUAAUAGAUAAACAUCUCACCACACAAACAAAAACACAUAAUCCAUGGACACUCUGAAAUCGCAAUGUGCUGAUAUGUCUGCAAAAUGUGAGGGAUCCCUAAAGGGGAGGAACCACAAGAUGUUUAAUGAGAUUGUUGCAGUGGUGAAGGUGCAACAGAUGUACAGGGGUUAUCGCACUCGCCGCAGGUUAGCAGACUCUGCCGUCGUUGCUCAAGAGCUGUGGUGGCAAGCAAUAUACCAUGCUGCCUUGAAUGAAAAAACGGUUUCCUUCUUCAAAAACUCGGAAUCAGAGAGUGCUGCUUCAAGGUGGAAACGUGUUGGAUCUCAUGCUUCUAAGGUGGGCAAGGGCCUCAGCAAAAACGCAGAAUCAGAGAAAUUGUAUUUCGAACAUUGGAUUGAAGCUAUUGAUCCAAGGCAUCGUUACGGGGCAUUCUUGUAUAUGUAUUUUAAGAAAUGGUCCGAGACAAACUCCAGUCAGCCUUUUUUUUACUGGUUGGAUGUAGGAGAUGGCAAAGAGGUUGAAGUUGAAGAAUGUCCUAGGUCAAAGCUUCAAGAAAACAGCAUAAAGUAUCUAGGACCUAAAGAAAGAGAACAAUAUGAAUGCAUGAUCAUUGAAGGGAAGUUUUUUCACAAACAGUCCAGAAAUCUUGUUGAUACAAAGGGAAAGUGGAUAUUUGUUUUGAGUCCCACUAAGAGACUGUAUGCUGGACAGAAAAAGAGGGGCAAGUUCCAUCAUUCGAGUUUCCUGGCGGGAGGUGCUACUAUAGCUGCUGGAACGGUGAUCAUAGAGAAUGGAAAUCUUAAGUUCAUUUCUCCAAUGAGUGGACAUUACCGACCAACACAAGAAAAAUUUGAGAGCUUUCUAUCAUUUUUCAAGGACAAUGGAGUGAAUCUUGAUGAAGUCCAGGUAAACCAGGCUAUUGAAUAUUCCAGCGCCAGCGAUUAUGCAGCCAAACUGAGUGGAAGUGGGAGCGGUAAGAUGAUGGAAGUUGCCAAGAUUAACUUAGAGCCUCCUCCUACGAUGAGAACUCGCCAUGAAGAGAAGGAUUCUAAACUACAAGAAGUUGAGAAGGAAACCAGAGAUGAAGACAAAAGGACAUUGUCGGAGGGUCUUGAGGCAACUAUGUUCGAUCUUAACAAGUGGUCAACUGGAGCUGGCCCGAGAAUUGGUAGUAUUGCAGACUACCCAGCUGAAGUGCGAGCACAGGCCCUGGAGUUUGUUAACUUAUCUUCAAAAACUCCACCCGCUUCAAUGCUGUAGGUGGAUUGCUUGCCAAAAAGUCUAAAUCUCCUUUUUAAUGGCUUUUGCUUUGUGAAUGACUAGAGUGGUAAACUGCUGUAACUUGUCUUUGUAUUCUGGGAGUUCAAGGCCUCAUAGGCUCCUGCAUGUGUUUUAAUGUUAUAAAUAUUAAAAAAAAGGAAGCCCAAUUUGGUCCUCCCCAUUCCAAUCA